UUCUCACCACGGCUGCUCUGGCGUUGAAGCACCCACCUGGGUGUUUGAAUGUGCAUGCUGGACCACUUUCUGUCAAAGCUGUCACCAGAGGAGCUGCUGCCUCGAUGAUUCAUUCAUAAAAGGCCCUCAUUUAAUUACUCCCGAAUCAGGUCACAUUGAUACCCAGGAGAUGUGGUCACUGUAUAGUGGCAGAGUGCGAUCAGAUCUAAACCACGCAUCUAGACACAUAUCGCACUCAGAUCGCUCGUGUGCUCAUUUCAGUCUUCAGAGAAAACAGAUUUCCACCCACCAGGCAUGUCAGAGCUGACCCAAUAAAGGUGUUUAUGUAUUGAAUAUGGUGGGAUCAUUUGAAAUUCCUGACAGACAUCUCCCCAGACAAGUAAUUACGCCAAUAAUUCCUUUUUAUUAAAUCUUCAGCUUUAUUACUGUUGCUUUCUUGUUUGUUGUCAUGGUAACCAUACACACAUGCACACAAUGGGAUAUCAAUGUUUUUGUAACAUAACUGGAAUGAUUUCUGGUCCCAGUCAGUCCUGGGUCCAAUGAUGGGCUUCAUGGCUAGACAUAAACUCCUCCCAAUAACCACAGUCAGCUAUGUCCUGAAAAACUGAGGCUAGAAAAAUUAAAAGUCUUUGUUUUUUUAGUCAUUCCAGCAGAAGUCAUGCCGUAAUUUGAAAAUCACACAGCAGAAAUUUUAACUGAUCUAACCAGUAGUUAAUCUCAGAUUAACCGGGAGUUAAUCUCAAACCAAGAAAUCCAUAGGAAUUGGAUUGUCACAUGCUUGAGGAGUAACUUGAUCUAUUGUGUGUUUGUUGCUAAGUACUUUUUAUGUGUGUGUGUGUAUUUUUCACACAAUUCAGGGAAUGUUUUCAUCUCCCUUUUCACAUAUACCCGUAACUUCAUCACACCUGAGCCCCAUCCUGGCAUGACUCUUAAACCUCCAUGCUGAAGGACCAUGCCUUGUAAACACAUUUCCAACGACAUGGCGUUGUCAUGAGGCCCCCAGGACCAGUCAGUGUUCUUAAUGAUCAAGCAAUGUUGGCGUCUGCCAGAUCCCAUAUGAGAGACAUGCCGCCUCCAUACCAUGACCUUGCUACUUCAGUUUCUGCAUGCUCUAAAACCAUCAUUGUCUUGCUUUAGCGUGAGUAAUAAAGACCCUGUUGCAUUCCUAAUAGUCCCCCUCAAAAACUUGCCAAAACCCUGCAAAGACCAACCACAUUAAGGCUGGCUUAUGAUCUGGUGUCAGUCAGACACAGGUGGGAUCUUUUAUGGAAGCUGGAACAAAACCUGACAUAUGGUUGAGACACUGAGAGGACACAAAUUAAAGACAUUGUCUUUAAUAAAGAUUUAUGUAUUUUUUACACAAAGCUAAAUAUUACAUGAAUUAAUGUAAUCAGUUACAUGUCCUAGUCCCCGGUGAAACAUAGAAAGACAAAUAAUAGAUCUUCCCUUAGUGACAAAUGCAAUGAUUUUAUUAAAUGUGACUACAGAGUACAAAUCUAGCCCUCAGAUUACCCUGGGAAUGCAGUCUUGGGUAAAUUUACCUUGACACACUGCAACCCCAGUGAGCAUCAGCACUUCCAAAGCACUUUAAAGACUCCUAAUGUGCUCCUAAAAGAACAUCCUUCAAUCUGCAUGUCUCAUCAAGAGGUUCUGCUUGACUACAGGCAGGUGCUGCUGUAUCAGUCUCGCUUCGCAGGUGAUGAGAAGGACCAUUUAGGUGACCGAUGAGCUUUUUAACCUUCCGAGGUCAUGGAGUGCAGAACAAUGGUCAUCAAGUCCCAGACAGAUGGAUUCAGGAAGGGAAAGUUGGAAUUCUGUGCUGGAAGAACCUUUUAUUUCAUCCUCAGUGGUUUUACAUUUUCCCAUCUCUGGUGACCAGUCCUUCAUGUUCUCAACCACUUCACAGCUUCAGUCCUUGAUUUUCAAUUUCAGAAGGCUGCCUCUGACUCCCAUUUUCUCCACAGCCCAUUGUACCGUGAGCAAACAGCACCUCUGUUCAUCAAAUGCUGUAUUAUAGCCCAGCUCCCUAGUUUCCCCAACAAGACUCUUUGAUGUCAAAUUGACACUUUAGUGAACAGCUCUUCAUGGAUUUGACAUUGCCUGGCAACUGCAGAAAACCCACUCCUUGUGGCUUCUUCAGGUUUGAGGAGCGUCUGGUUUUGGGAGUAUGGUUCAGAUGGAGGAGAGGUAGAGGAAGGAUUGAGGUGGUAUUAAUAAUAAUGGUGAUGUGGCUUUCUGUUUGGCUUGCCUCCAGGCAGCAGAGUGAAAUUAAAGCCCAGAAAAUCGGAUUAUAGAGUCCCUAAGGGUGGGAUGCCCAGUAGCCAGCUGAUGAAGGCUCAUCUAGUCGUAGCUGUACCCCGCACGGUGAACCACGCUGUUGGCUGGGAGGCCAAUUUGUUAACUGUUAUUGCUCGUUAGUGCAGCUUCCUGCUCAUGAAAGAGGGUUCCAGAGCGGAGACAAUAACCAAGGUCUAUUGUCUUGCAAUUAUCACAGUUUGAGGGAUGGUGCAGGAUGAUGCAUUGUCUCUCAAGUCUGGCUUUCUUGAUUGCCAAUUUAGUCCAAGAACCCCCACAAACAACAUCACCUGUGGUGCCUGCAUGAAAAAUAUGCAACAAAGGAUUCUUCAGUCAUCAUCACGUGUUGCCUUGGCCAAAAAAAAAGAGCUUUUUUGAAGAUUUAUGACAACCUUAUCUUUGUGUAUGUGCUCGUGAAAAGCUGUAUGUUAUGUUGUGGGGAUCACAGAAUGGAUUUUUAAUUAUAGAUGGAUAAAUGACUUUAUUUGCUUUUCUUAAUUUUUUUUAAACUAACUACUUUUUAUGUGCAAACUAGCUGAUCUCAUACAUUUGCUUAAUGCUUAUAUGAUCAGGAACGUGUCAUAAUGCUCUGGGAAGAAAUGAGAGCAUCGCAGCUGUUUGGAACAAAUGUUCAGUGACUCACUAGUACAAGAUCUCCUGCAGUAAUCAGAGUAUUCAUUUUAAAUGACCCUCAGCUACAAACACAUCACUAGUUGUAGUUCAUCUAUAUCUGUGAUAUUUUUACUGGGUUGAAUCCAUUUCUAUGUUUACUAACGCUGAUUAGCUGAGGCAAUUAGCUUAAUUUGGGUUUCUUCCUGAAGUUAAUCAGUUGCACAUCCAUUGAUUCCUUUAUGGACGUUUCUUUAAAAACAUCCAGUGGCUUAUGAGAGAUUUUGUUGACACACAUAUGCACCAACAGACACAGGUUAACACCUUAUUGCCCACCUUUACUCUUUUUGCAGCAGGUGAUGAUGAAGACACACCGUUGCAUUCCCCAGGCAAACAAAUGAUCACUGAAUAGCAUCAAGUGAAGGAAUGCAACACACAAACUGCCCUGUUUGGUGUCUCGGGGCUUCUCGCCAGUCCUCCUCACACAAAGAAGCUUAUUGUGUAACUGUGCAUCAUUUUUUACAGAGCGCUGCUCCUGCUCUGGCAUUCUCCUCCCUCUUGAGUCUGACUCCUCCUCCUCUUCCCACCUUCCUCAUUAAUAUCACAGUGAUUUUACUCACUAUACAUGAGCUGGUAUCGAUGUUGUCAUGUGCGCCGAGACCAAGGAGGAGAAAGGGGGGUGGGGGGUGUCUCAAUGAACGGGAGUCACAACUCUGGUGUGUGAUCAUUUGCGCGCGUGAGGCUAAAACAGGGAGAGAGGUGCAGACGGCUGCUGUUACUUGUCCUGCUGCUGAAGCUGCUCCGACGCUCGCUGCAUCUGAAGACUCAACAGCUCUGAGCCGGGCUUGUUUUUGACUCUCUGAAUGUGUGAAUGGGAUGCCAAGGAAGGGAUGCUGCUGCUCGCUGAGGAGUGACUGAUGACAGCUGGUACUCCGGUGUGGAUGCUGACCCCCCUGUGUCUGUACCACCACUACCUGGGGAGUCUUAAGCAUUUGGUAUUUCCACGACAACUAUAAUGGGCUGCAAUUUGUGCAGUUUACAGAAGCGAGAGGAACACUACAAGCUGCUGUAUGAGAUUGCACAGGUGAAUGGGAAGGAGUUGUCCAAGUCCAGCCAUGAGGACUCAGUGGAGGCCUUCCACGCUGCCAAGGACCCCGUUGUGGUGCAGGUCAUCAGACGUACCCCCAGUGGCCGCCCUCACGGUCCCCCUCAGGAAAUCCAUGUGGUGGAUGUGUGCACACAGACUGACAUCACCUUUGAACACAUCAUGGCUCUGGCAAAACUCCGACCUUCGACCCCUCCUGUGCCUGACAUCUGUCCCUUCCUGCUCUCUGACAGCUGUCAUUCUCUUCAUGCAAUGGACCAGGAUUACUACGAUGGUACCGACUACCUCCCCCAUGUUCCAGCUGACGGAGAAAGAACAGAGGAAUUUGAGUAUGAGGAAAUUGAGCUUUGUCGACUCAGCAGUCUGGAGAAAUUAGGUCUCACUCUGUGCUACCGGACAGAUGAAGAAGAGGACGUAGCCAUCUAUGUUAGUGAGGUCAGUCCGAACAGUAUCGCUGCCAGAGAUGGACGCAUUCGAGAGGGGGAUCGCAUCUUACAGAUUAAUGGCCAAGAUGUACUGGACAGAGAAGAAGCAAUGGCUGCCCUGUCCGGUGAUGACUGCAGGAACAUAAUCCUACUGGUUGCAAGACCUGAGAUACAGCUGGAAGAGGCCUGGCUGGAUGAUGAGCAUAGCGAGUUCCUGGAGCAGCUGAAGAUGGAAAUGCUGGAGGAGCAGCAGAGAGAGGAGAUGGAAUUAGCUGCCUUAGAAGAGGAGCAGGCGAAGCAGCAGCAGAGAGAAGACGAGAAGCCCACCUGUUCAACUCUCCCUCACUACAAGGGCAGUGCACAAAGUAUAAAAGACAGAAAGGAAAGCUCCGAUGUCUUGGCCCAGAUCCAGAGACGUCUUUCUCGGUGCCUGAGAGACAGUCAGGACACGCACUGUGUGGCCAGCACCACACGGGUAGAGGACAAAGAAGAUGAGGACAACGAUGAGACGGAUGGGGAUCGUUACCAGCAGCUCUUGGACUUAAAGUGCCAGAUCCGUAACAGCGGUGAUUACGACCUGUUCUACAGCCAUCGCAGCACUAUCGAGUGCAACAUAGGGGAGCAAAACGACGUACAGCACGAGCUGCGGAUGCUCAACGAGGAGCUGCGCAGCAUCGAGCUGGAGUGUCAGAACAUCAUGCAGGCUCAUCAGCUUCGUAAGGGUCAGCAGUCUCCUAUAUGUGGGCGCUCUGGUCUCACUGUGAAAUGUCUAAGCCCCAGCCGUGGAGAGUCCACCAAAGGUAAGCUGACUGACACUAAUGAGAGGCUGGAGAAAUCUGACAAGGACAGUUCCAGUGCCUAUAACACCGCAGAGAGUUUACGGAGUACCCCUUUAGCAAUGGACCGCUCCCCAGAACACUCACUCAAGAGGAUGAUGAGUCUUACAAACCAGAGGAACCUCUGCAGCAGCCUUGCUACGGGCCACUCUCUGAGCCUGAGCCCUGUGCCAUCCUGCCGUGUCCCAGUCCCAGGAAAAGGCAGUAGCCCUGACCACAGCAAUCCCUCCGAAACAGAAGAGAUCGCUGAGAGGGACAGUAGGGGCAAAUUAAAGCAGUGCACAUCUCGGAUCCCUUACUUCUCUCCAUCCCACAGUUCCCAGCAGAGGCAGGCCAACAUUCCAGCUCACGCCCGCCACUAUCAGAGCUACAUGCAGCUGAUUCAGCAGCGCUCGGCUGUCGAGUAUGCUCAGAGCCAGCUCAGUCUCCUCAGCGUCUGCAAAGAGCCUCAGAGACCCCUUAAUGAGCCCAAAAUGGAGUGGAAAGUCAAGAUCCGCAGUGACGGCACCCGCUACAUCACCAAGAGGCCAGUGAGAGACAAGAUCCUGCGGGAGAGAGCCUUAAAGAUCAAAGAGGAGAGGAGUGGGGGAAUGACCACGGACGAUGAUGCAAUGAGUGAGAUGAAGAUGGGGAGGUACUGGAGCAAAGAGGAGAGGAAGCAGCACCUGGUCAGGGCAAAAGAACAGAAAAGGAGGCGAGAGUUCAUGCAGCGCAGUCGGCUGGAGAGCUUAAAGGAGAAUCCUCAGAGCAGCAGCGAGGGCUGCAAGGAGGUCAGCAUCAUUGAGCUGAGUCACAAGAAGAUGUUAAAGAAACGCAAUAAGAAGAUCUUGGAUAACUGGAUGACGAUUCAGGAGCUGAUGACUCACGGUACCAAAGCUCCUGAGGGAGCAAAGGUCAACAAUGCCUUCCUUUCAGUCACUACUGUAUAAAACAACCACAUACAGGCUACCCCAUGUGGUACUAUAUGCUCGCCUCGUUGAAUGUGGCGUUUUUAAAAGGGACUUUUCACACUUUGUAACACAAUUAAUGCAUUUUUGAAGAGUUUAUCAGUGGCAUCAGGACGUUUUGGUGAUGUAGUACAGAAUUGGUUUUCACAUGUGCAAAAACAACCUUUUCUAAGAAACUAUGACAAGUUAUUUUAAUAUUUCACUCUGAACAUAUUUAUCACCGCAAUUCUAUUUUCAUAUUUAUGUUGUAACACAAGAACUCAAGACAGUCGGAACAAGAAACCGAGGUUUUCUUUUUCUUUUUGUACUUUUCUAUCAACUGCAGGGAGGCUGGCAAUUUAUUUUUUUUUCCUAAUUGUCUUUCAUUGUUUUUGUUUUUAAUUUACAAGCUUUGUAUACCUGUUUAUGAUAACCUGAAUACAUGGUGUUCUUUUGUGUUGUUGGGAGGCGGCUGAAAACAUCACUUUGUUUUGUUUAUAUUCAACUUUAAGCAGGACGCCAAUGUAAACUUUAAAGCUGCAUAUGUCUUACAUAAUUCAGCCAUGGCAUUUAGUAUAUAAGGAGGGUUGCUAUGAAAAGCUGUAUUACGUUUAGAAAGAAGGGUCACUUCAUUUUCAUUUAAAAGGUUGAAAAAGUGGCUUUUCUUUUAGUUUUUUUUUCUUUUAAACGGCUAAUUUUACUAUUUCUGAAGCAAAUGAAUAAAUACCAAAAAUUAUGUUCCAUGUUUAUCAGGUAAAGUUGGUUUAAACAUAACAUUUUUCCCCAAACCAGAAAGAAAUUACCUCAGUUUAAAAAUUGGCACUAGAGAAUAUUGUUGAUCAACUGGAAAUUCUGCUUUUGUUGGAGUCCUCAACAAUUUAGCAAAACCACAAGUUAUUUGUUUUUUAUAGAAACUCAAACGUGAUCUCUGAUUGCUAUGUUGGUUUCAGCACUGAAGCAUCAGUAUUUUGUGGAUCCAGGCUCAGUUUUCAUUAAUUUCAUCAAUUCACAGGCAGCUACAAUUAGCUACAAUUAAAUGCAUUUCUCUGGUGUUUUUAAAAUAAUAAUACCUUCUGACAUGUUGCACAUGGACGUGUUAUUGUUUAGGUUGGGCUAUUACCACUCGUAUGUAAACAUGAUCUGCAAAGUAAGGUAAAGUUGUAUAACGUAAACCGUCAACAUGUACAAUAUUCAGAAUAUAAUUACAUUUUUUGAGCAUUAUCAGAGAUGUGCAUUAGGUGUUGUAGCCUGCAGAUUAGGGAUGCUCCAAUCUGAUCACUUGAUCAUAAAUUGGGCCCCGUCAUGUGACUUUAUUAGGACCAAAAUUGGGUGGAAAAGAAUGAAUAAAACAUCAAACAUGACUUUCUAAAUUCACACUGAGAUGGAGAUUUUCAAGCGGAAACACAACACGUUCAUUUUAAUUUCAGCAAGUUCCUUUGCAUCAAUAUUCUUUGUUUCUUGGACAAAAACACCAUAAAAUCACAAUUUACAGCAAGCAGGGAUUCAGACACCAAUGCAGCUGUUAGCUAGCAGGCUAACGUAGAAAUAACGUGUCUCCUCAGAAGAGUGAAAAUGUAUGAGUUUGGUGGUAUUACUUUUGAUGUAAGCUGCAUGAUUCGCAGCCUUCAAAACAACCUACUUUCUCUUUUGGCUUUCCCUUUGGGUGUCAAAAAAGUGAAUCACCAUCUCCUUUAAGUCCCAGUCCACCACUAACAGUCCCAGUUCACAGCGGCAACUCGGACAAAAACAUGGAGCCACUUGACACCUCUUUCAGCUUGUUGAGAAGCAAAUAGAAAAUGCAGACGGACUGCAACACACCUGGGUUUCUCAGUUCCCUGCUACACCUGAGCUUGGAAGUCUUUCUCUUUUUUCUUAUUGUUUUAAUUAUUCCCUGAAAGGUAUCGGAUCAGGACUCGGUAUCGUCAGACAGUCAAAAUCAAAUGACCCAAAAUUUGAUUGAGAAAAAAAAUAUUUUAUUGGAAAAUCCCUGCUGCAAAUUUCUGCAGAAUGGUGUCAAUAUCAAUCAGUAUCCAUUAUCAACUGCUGCUGAAGCCAUGGCGAUAUGAUAUCACUGCAAUGGGAUUGGAUAGUUGUUAGUCCAAGGCUAAAUAAAUGUUGGUGGUUCAGAACUGAAGCCAGUAUGGUAACUAAGUUUUGUGCUCUUACUGCCAUUGAUGACAAAAGUCGUCAUUUUAGAUCCAACCGUUCACUGCCAAUAACGACUAAAGUCGUCAUUUGCAUUUUUUUUACUGUUUGAGCAUCAGAACGAGCCCCCGCGCUGAGAGAACAAACAUCUCAGCCCUGAAGCUGAUCUUCAUCCGCAUACAUCACAGAUCACAUGAUCAGGAUGCAACACAUCCAUGUGUUUGGAGAUCGUUUUGGGCCGACACCUGUCCCUGUAAAAAAAGUGAGGCGCGAACCGGAAAAGCGUCUGCCGAUCGCAAUUCGACAACGGAUUAUGAAAGAACGGAUAACACUCGGAACACGCGGCUUCUUCCUGAUGUAAGAGGUGAGUCUCCUCUUUGUUUUGGUUGUUUUGGCAUCGGCAUCAUGCUAGCGCGCAACGUUCUGUGACUCUUAAAAAAACAGUAAAAACUGAGAAAUGUUGGCAGCGAAGGCCAUUAGUGAUCAGGAAACGGCUGGCAGUGAAUGAGUUUAAAUGUAUUUCGUUUCACCAGUUACAAAACAACAGGAUGAACAUCGUAUUGUUGGGAGAGGGUGACCACUAACUGGCCUUUCCUACUUCAGCUUUUUGCACUGAAGCUCCUUUUUUUUCUACUGUCUACACUUUUAAAAACAUCACAUUUUAUACAUCAGUUCUCUAGAUGUAUUUUGUAAAUGAUUGGAAAUAAAUAUAACAAAAAUGCUGUCAAAUUAUUGCAGAGGAUUUCUCAGAGAACAAGUUUACAAUUUUAGAAAACAGAAGUUACUGAUGUCAGGUUCACUUAAAGGUGCAGUAUGGAAGAAUAUAGUGAAAAUUUGACUGGGGAAAAAAAUCCCAAAAGAGUCUAAUGUUUCAGUCAUUUAGGAAGGAAGGUUAUGCUGGAACAUAUUUCAUACCCGGCUGGCUGCAGGGAUUGUCAGUUUUUCGACUUUCAAAGCAAAGGAAGUAGGGAUGUAACUACUGUUAACCAUCAGUGAGUGCGGGGUUGCCAUGUCUCCUGCGAGCUAAUGCUGCAGUGCCGACAAUUGUAAUUUGAUGACGACCAGCAAAAAGCUCCAGAGUUGUUUAAAGUGGUUGCAGUAACCACAUUUCAGCACAGGUCAUUUUUACUUCAUUUCUACAGAAUGCACCUUUAAACUGAACACAGAGGCAAAACAGCUGCAUUCAUAUUGUAUAAAUGGCCUACAUCGGUAUUGUUUAGCCUGUGUAUUCAUCUUUUUCAAGUCUUAGUUCACAAUACAACUUGGAUUUUCAGAAAAUACUCCCACUCAUCAUGGUGGCCAUGGCAUUCAUCUGAUCAGGUAUGAAGAUGAAGUCCUGCAGAGCACAUGCAGUUUUCAGUGUCUUUAUUUCUACUUUCUGGUUAUCUGAAAAUUAUUCAAAUCUUAUAACGUGUCUUUUUUUUUCAAAAGAAAUUCUGAAAAAUGUUUAAAUGUUUGUGACUUCAGUUUCACAUUAACCUGCUAAAUCGAAGAUGUAUACUUUUGAUGCAUCUCAUUGUACUGUAACACAGAUUUUUUCACAACAAAUGUUCAAUAACAGGUAGAUUUUACAUGCUAGUAUUUUUUAACAUCAUAAUUUAAUCUCCUUUACUCAUCAUUGCCUUAAAAGCCAAACCUCAAUGACCUGAUUUCACACACAGACACAACCUAUCUUCUGUACAACUCUGUGCAACAGAGAGGUUUUGUUCUGCCUUAUUCAUAAACGAUCCUUUACAUUUUCAGCUACAUUCAAAGACUUCCUGUAGGUGUUGUGAAUUCAGUUUGCAGUCACAGAAAACGGGUGUUUGGAUGAUUGCCACUGAGCAGGACUCAGAACACUUAAGAUCUGGUGAGAUUUGCCUUUUAUCGAACGUCUUCAUAGUUCAUGUACAGUACUCAUUCAAAUGCCUCCUUUUAACGGAAGUAUUGUAAAUUUCAAAUGGAAUUCUGUACGUUUUGAUUUCAUGUCUAAUUCAAGUAAUGCAUUGGUGACACAUUUGUAGCAAGGUGAAAUAUGUGAUGACGGUGAUCUUUGCAAAAUAACUGAUAAUAAAUUAUUUGAUUUUGGUA